AUGCAGCAAACAUGUCCGGACGCGGUAAAGGCGGAAAGCUGCGUUCCAAGGCGCGGAGUCGGUCGGCGAGGGCCGGUCUACAGUUCCCGGUGGGUCGCGUGCACCGCUUCCUGAGGAAAGGCCGGUACGCCGAGAGGAUCGGGGCGGGCGCUCCCGUGUACCUGGCGGCCGUGCUGGAGUACCUUACCGCAGAGGUGCUGGAGUUGGCCGGUAACGCUGCCCGUGACAACAAGAAGACGCGGAUCAUCCCCCGUCACCUUCAGCUGGCCGUCCGUAACGACGAGGAACUCAACAGUCUGCUGUCGGGCGUGACCAUUGCACAGGGAGGGGUGCUGCCAAACAUCAACAACGCUCUCCUCCCAAAGAAGGCGUCGGCUGGGUUUAAAAGUACUAAAUCUCCGAGUCAAAGCCAAGACUACUAA